AUGGAGGCGCUCACGCAGAGGCUGGCUCAGCUCGAAGAGCAACAGCGGCAGCAGCGCACGGUGAUCGAGACGCAGCAGGGGCAGCUCACGGCGGCGCAGAACGAGCUGGCGGCGGUGCGCGCCGCAGGCAACGGCGCAGCAGCUCAGCAGCCAGCAGGAGAAGCGCGAGCGGGCGCACCGAUCUCGUUGGUGGACCUGCGAGUGGGCAACAAGCCCGAGGUCUUCACAGGCGACGCCAAGGAGUGGAAGAACUGGUCGUUCAAGAUGCGCCAGUACCUGUCGGCGAUAGACGAGACGCUGCACGCGGAGGUGCUCGACGUGGACGCGAACCCGUCGAGAGAGCUCACGAUGAACGACAUGGCCGCCGAAGCCCAGAGGAGAGCCAGGCAGCUGGCGUUCAUCCUCACCAUGCACACGAAGGACAUGGCGUUGCAGAUGGUCACGAAGCUGCCAGAUCCCAGCAACGGCUACGAGAUCUGGCGGAGGUUCUUGGAGGAGUUCGAGCCGGCUCACAAGGGUCGCUUCAGGGCGAUGCUGAUGCAGAUCCUCCAGUACCAGUUCACAGGUGACCGCGGGCUAGCCAUCGAGGAGUUCGAGAGGCUCGUCAGGCAGUACGAGGCGCAGUCUGGCGACAUCAUCCAGGAGACCAUCAAAGCGGCGGUGAUCUCGAACAACCCUGAGGACCCUGAAUGGAGGAGGCACGUCGGCCUCAACGCGACGAGAUUGCAGGACUACACGUCGCUGAAGGACGAGUGGAAGGCGGUGCACCAAGCGGCGAGGCAGUGGGGUGUCGAUGGCGACUCGGCCCCCAUGGAGGUGGACGCGCUUACCUCGAAGGGCAAGGGCAAGCGCAAGGACUGCCCGAAGUUCACCACGUGGCUCGAGGAGAAGAAGAAGGCGGGACACGCUGGAGGCUCGGGGACGGCCGCGGCGGUCAACACGGUGCAGCAGGACGACGGCUGGGUGUUCAUGGUCGACGAGGAGUUCGAGGGCGACGAGCUGUGCGAACUCAUCAUGAUCGACUCGGGCGCCUCGGCAAACGUAUGUCCUCGAGAUCACGUGUCGGAGAACGGCCUGCGAGAGGCCGAUCUGGUCGCUGGGCGCAUGGUCGAGUCGGGGUGCGACGCCUACUUCACGAAGGGCAAGUCGUGGAUCGUCAAAGACGGCAAGGAGUUGGAGCUGAUCAGGAAGGGCAACUUGUUCUACGCGAUCGCUCGGCCUUCGAAGAUCGGAGGCUCGGACGUGCUGGAGCUCAACCCUUUGACGCAGGCGGAGAUCGAGCAGAGAGCGCUGGCCAGAGAACACGCGGCGUUCGGGGCGGCUGGACCAGCAGCCGAGGCCACGCUUGCAGAAGAUGGAGAUCCAGCAGUUCGCAUCAAAGUGCCGACAGGACCUGCCACGCCGACGGCAGAGGAACGGGCUCAACACGAGUCCGCGGGGCACGUACCCUACAGGAGCUGGUGCAGCCACUGCGUGGCGGCGAGGGCGGCGGACAAACCUCAUCGACGAAGCGAGGACCCGACGGGCCUGAGCGCAGAGGAGGCAGCGAUCCCACGCAUCGAGUUCGACUUCGCGGAGAUCGGACGAGAAUCGGAUGCAAGCCCUGGCAUUCCGUCCCUCAAUGGAGUGGACGUCGGGUCGGAGAGCUUGUCGGCGACUCUGUGCCCCAGCAAGGCCUUCAGCGAGUACCUGGUGGAGACGAUCCUGGCGUUCGUGGACGCGCUGGGCCACAACGCAGUACUGCUUCACUCGGACCAGGAGCCAGUGCUGGUACAGUUGCUGAAGGCGGUGCAGAGCAAGAGGGUGAAGCGGACUCUGGUCAGGCAUGGACCGAGAGGCAGCCACCAGAGCCAGGGCAAGAUAGAGGGCGCGAACAGGGUCAUUAACGGCGUCCUGAGAGCGAACUGGAUCAACUUGGAGGAGCACAUGGGCGAGAAGGUGUCGACCGACAGCAUCCUGAUCGCCUGGGGGGUCAGGCACGCGGCAUGGAGCUUGACGAGGUUCCAGGUGAAGAGCGACGGCCGUACCCCCUACGUGCGGAUCUUCGGCAAGGCCUACGGCGGGGAGGUGCUUCCCUUCGGCGAGCGCGUGAUGUACAAGUACACGGCGGUGCCCAGCGGCAACCUGGACCAGAAGUGGGCGCACGGGGUGUGGGUCGGCAAGGCACCGCUGACGGACGAACACCUCGUUCUGACCGUGGACGGCGUGAAGAAAGCGAGAUCGGUACAUCGACUGCCAGUCGACGAGCGGUACGUAAAGGAGGAGCUGGCGAAGGUGAAGGGUCUGCCGUGGAACGGCACGGCAUCGGAUCUGAAGGCACCGAUCGUGUCGCAGCAGGACCAGGGGCCAUCAGGGCACAGGAGGCUCUACCUGACGAGGGCGAUCGUGCAGAAGUACGGGGCUACGCCUGGGUGCUCGGGCUGCGCGGGGCUGGGGCCACAUACUGAGGUGUGUCGAGCGCGGCUGGAGAAAUUGGUGGCAGACGCGGCGGCGGGGCCGAGAGGCAUCGCAGUCGGCACGCCGCUGGCGGCGAGACCAGACCCAGGGCCGCCCGCAGGCGCUGCGGAACCAUCGUCGGCAGCGAGCGGCGACGCUCCCAGGACACCGGCUGGGGGCGACGGCGGCGGAGGGGCCGCGGCCGAGAGCAUGGAGGUCGACAGAGCGGACGCUUCGCCACGGAGGGGUCGGUCCGCGGCGGAGGCCUUUCCGCAGGCGGCCCCCGAGCGCCCGACGGCGAAGGUGAGGUCGCAACCCCCUGUGGCGAUCCCAGCCGUGGGAGGCGCAGGCACGGUCGUCGUCAGCGAGAGCGAGGCGAGGUCCAGCACCGACGACGUGAUGAUCGGGGGCCUGCACGUGAUCGAUGGCGUAGACGUGGUGGCGUUGCUCAUCCCAGAGGAGGACGAGUGGCGGCUCGCGGCGAUGGACAACAGCAACUUCGAGACCAUCUCCGACGACAGCCAGAGCGACAUGAUCGGCGAGGUGAACUACGAGGACCCCGCGUCGGCGGAAGGUAUCGUGGCGUACGACUCGAGGACUGGCGAGCAGCUAGACAGCGAAGAGGUGCGCAAAGGGAGGUCCAAGGAGCUGCGCGACCUGGCGGAGUUCGAGGUGAAGGUCGAGGUGGACGAGUCCGAGAUGAUCAGCAAGCCAGGGAAGAAGAUCUGGUCGAAGUGGGUGGAGACGCGGAAGGACCCGAACAGCGCCGAGGUCAGGAGCAGGCUGGUCGCGACCGAGAUCAACACGGGCGAGGUUAGGACGGACUGCUUCGCUGCGACGCCGCCGUUGAAGUUCGUGAGACUGAUACUGGCGUGGGCGGCGAGCUACAGUCCCAGAAGGAGCAGCGCGGGGGCCAAGAUGAUCCUGCUGCUGUUCGACAUCUCUGUGGCGUUCUUCCACGGCCUGGUGCGGAAGGUCCUGUACGUGGUACCGCCGAAGGACCUGCGCAAGAAGGGCAAGGUGUGGAGGCUGCUUCGGAGCCUAUAUGGGACGAGGGACGCGAGCCAGGUGUUCCAGACGUACGUGGCGGACAACCUGAGCGAGCACGGCUUCGACAGGAACGCGGUGGUCCCGUGCUUGUACUGGAGUCGCGAGCUAGAGGCGCUGGGGGUUCACUGGGGCGACGACUUCAUCUACGCCCUGCCGAACGACAGCGCUGACGACCUCGAGCAGCUGAUGAGGGAAGUGUUCAAGGUGAAGAUCUGCGAGCGAGUGGGGCCCAACUGCAAGUCCAGUGCGGCGUUCCUGCACAGGACGCUUUCAUGGAGUUCGAAGGGUUUUACAUGGGCGCAUGACCCGACUCACACCGUGGCGAUGGCCAAGGCUUUCGGUUUCGACGGGCAGACGCGUUUGGACCAGGAGAAGUGGGUCGUGACGGUCGCGCCGGGCUCCAAGACGGUGGGCAAGACUCGUGAUGCUGCAGACCCCCUUGACGAAGAAGGAACAGCGCUAUACCGAGCGCUCGUGGGGACGGCGCUCUACGUCGGUCAAGACCGUCCCGAGGCGCAGUACGCGACGAAGGAAGUCGCUCGCUACAUGUCGACACCAACGAGAUCGGCCUGGUGUGCCCUCAAGCGGUUGUGCAAGUACUAUUCGGAGGUGCCGUUGCUCGUGUGGGAGUUCAACUACCAGAAGAUGCCAGAGGACGUGAGAGUGGUCACGGACGCGAACUGGGCAGGCGAGCUGGAGGCAUUGCGUUCUACCUCUGCUGGCUGGGUAUACUUCGGAAGCCAUCUACUCGAAGCCUAUUCCUCGACGCAACAGAUAGUGGCCUUAUCGACGGCGGAGAGCGAGUACAUAUCGAUAACGAAAGGAGCUGCACAUGCGUUGGAGGUCAGGAGCGCGCUCGCCGAGUACGGCUGGGUCAAGAAGGUGAUCUGCGAGGCGGACUCGUCGGCUGGACGGUCGAUGGCCACAAGACGUGGCGUGGGUCGAGUGCGUCAUCUAGACGCGCGCCUGUUGUGGCUACAAGAGUUGUGCGCAGACGGCACGAUCGAGAUGCGCGUGAAGCCUGGGGAGUCCAACGAGGCGGACCUGGGCACCAAGAUGGUCGACAUACAGAGGGUGACCAAGUUGAUGAAGACUACGUCGUUGCGGCCUCCUGGGGGCUGGGGCUGCUGGGUCGUGGCAGCGGCGUUGGAGAAGGCGACUGCAGCAAACGAUUGCAGCGUCGACUUGGUCAAGUACGACGGGGCGAUGGAUCGGACCAGCGGGAGUGUCUUCGAGAGCUGGGUGCUGGUAGCACUCAUCGGCAUGGGCGUGCUCUUGUUGGUCCUGGGGCUCGCGUGUGGCUAUGCCGUGGGAAGGUGCUGCUCGCCGAGGAGCGCCACUGGCGAACGGCGCUGUGUGGAGUCCACGCAGACGGAGGAGCUCGAGAUCAUUCCGUACUGGGAGUGGCUGCUGAAGGACCUGCAGGAGGAGCUGCUCACCAGAGGCGUGAAGGCGAUCCCGAAGCUGAAGGGCCACUGCGUUCAGAAGUUGUUGGAGAUCGACCAGGUGCGCCUGGUGAGGCCUCAGCACUGGCCUCGGGUCAAGCGAGUGAGGCAGUUUUGA